AUAAACUCCUGAUAAUUUGGGUGGCUGUGACAUGAUUACAUGAGAUUGGUUAAAAUGGCGGUGCGCUAGAUUGUCAUUUACUUUAUUGUUUAUGUUUAUAAUUGAUUAUUUAACAAUUUAUACGUUUUUAUCGAGUCAUAAAUUGAAAUUUCAGAUCAAUAAAAAUGUCAUCGGGCAGACCUAUCAAGUGUGUUGUGGUUGGCGACGGUACUGUCGGUAAAACUUGUAUGCUUAUCUCCUACACUACUGACAGUUUUCCAGGAGAAUAUGUACCUACGGUGUUUGACAAUUACUCAGCUCCUAUGGUUGUUGAUGGCAUUCCAGUAAGUCUUGGACUGUGGGAUACGGCAGGUCAAGAAGACUAUGACCGGCUCAGACCUUUGUCGUACCCGCAGACUGAUGUCUUCCUUAUAUGCUUUAGUGUUACUAGUCCUUCAUCUUUCGAAAACGUUACUUCUAAGUGGUACCCAGAAAUCAAACAUCAUUGUCCAGAUGCCCCGAUUAUAUUAGUUGGCACAAAAAUUGAUUUGAGGGAGGAUCGAGAAACGCUGAACGCUUUGGCUGAUCAGGGACUAUCAGCAAUAAAGCGAGAGCAGGGUCAGAAGCUGGCUAACAAGGUCAGAGCCGUCAAAUAUAUGGAGUGCUCGGCUCUCACGCAACGAGGAUUAAAACAGGUGUUUGACGAGGCAGUGAGAGCCGUGCUGCGACCCGAGCCCCAAAAGCGACGUCAACGUAAGUGCGCUAUACUCUAGUCAUCACCGCAAUGCUUUCACGUUCUACAUCGAACAUCACUUAUUUAGAUUUUUAUAUCAACUGUAAAUAUUCCAUCAGCUAAGUGCGUCGAGUGCUGCAACGGUUACUAUUUAUUAUCGAGCAAUAGUGCUGCAGAGUUGAUCAAAACCAAAAGAGACGCCGUUGCUCUCUAUAGCAUAUGAUUUCGGUUCCAAAGGAAAGACUUGGCUGCGGAAGCACCUCAAACUAGAGACUAGAUAAAGACAGUGUGAAGCCAAGCUGAGCCACUGUUCGGAAUCUAAACGUGUUUGAAUCUAGCUACUGUUUGGAAUGGCGGACUUGUAAACUAACCAAUCAAAAACUAUUAUCAGCUUCUGAUUGUCUAGUUUGCAAAUCCACCAUCAUGAUUCGAAACAGUGACUUGACUUGUAGUGUAGUGUCUAGUCUCUGUAGUCUAAUAAUUGAGGAGAAAUCUAACAAUUUUUGUACGAUCAUGUUUGCUAAUAUCAACAACUAAUGCAUGCUUUUCCCAUGUAGGUAAUUUUUAUUUAUUUCUCGAACGGCUAGUUUUAUAUUUUCAAUAACUUAUAGUUUUUUACAUUAAUUACUAAUUUUAAAGAAGCUUUUACUUUUUCACAAGAGACCAGUUAGUCUAGUUUUUUUUGGAGGGUUCAGUUAAACCACAAUGCAUCACCAUUUUGAUAUUAUCUACGUAAUUACAUAACUUUCAUCCAGUACAGUGUCAUUAUGUGAAUAUAAAUCAAUACAAUAUUAUUGAAGUGUCCAGCCGAAUCUCAUGAAAAAUAAUUAUGUGUUUCCUGUAAGACUAGAUAUUGAAAAUGUGCUCUAUACCAUAUUCGAAUAAGAAGUAGAGAUGGUUCAGUAAAAACCACUAAGCAUCACAAUUUUGAUAUUAUCUACGUAAUAACUUUUUACGUUAAGUUCGGAUCACUUUACUGAUUUGGGUCAAUCGGUCUCGUUCACUGCCGCGACCCGUUCAAUUGACUUUCAGCUUUCCUAUAAACAAGAGAAAAAGGUUCACCCCAGUUGAUGGGUAAAAACAAAAAGGUUUACCCCACUUGAUGAACGGGUUUUUUUUGAAUAAAUGUGAUCCGGAUCACCCGUUCACCUUACUGUUCCGUUCAAUUUGAACGGGUCAUGACCGAACGACACAUCUCUAAUGAAAAGCAAAUCACCUCUUCAAUGUGAUUUGAAGAUAUUACUAUUAUUAGCUUUAGUUAACUUGAUUUCGUCAACUUUAAUCAAAUCACCUAGUUGAUUCAGCUAAUAAUCACCUCUUCAAAGUGAUUAUUAUUUUAUUUUAUUGGUAGGGAGGUACUCAAUUUGACUAAUUCAAUCAUCCAAAAUGUAUGUGAAUUGUAUCAUUAAAUUCAAUUUAGAAGGGUUCUCCAUAUUUUGUAAUAGAUUUGCAAUACUAAGUGCUAUUUGAUGGUAUUAUUAUUAUAAAAUUUCGCAAUACAACCCAGAAAAUCAUAAUCUUUGUAAAGAAUUCAUUGUGAAUUAAUACUGAUAACAGGAUAAGUGGUGAUUGCCUGUUUUUCAUCAAGCAAUCAAACUUUCUUGAUGUGUCCUCUAAAAUGUACGAUCUUUCUAUGCUAUUGUUUACAUGUUUUAAUAUCGGUUAACCGAAGUACAUUUAAAUGUGACAUUUAGAAUUCAAAUCUCGAAUUUAGUUUAAUUUAGGCUGAGAUAAGUAUCAGUUGCAAGUAGAAUGAAAUUCUGAAAGAGUUCCAAUUCUUGUAGCUCUAUUUUAAAAAUUACAGAAAAACCUUGCACUUCUUGAGAAUACUUUUCUUGUUGAACCAAAUGAUAUUUUCAAUAAUAAUCUUUACAAAUAGAAUGCUAGUUCACCAAAGAUGUAUUUAAUUUUAAGAAUAAAUAAGCUGAUAAAAUGUCUCUAAAGCACCUUAUGAAGAAACCCCUUACUAGAAUCAACUGUGGAAGAAAAUAUGUAUCUUUUCCAGGAUCACUAUUUUUAUCAUGAUAAUAGGAUAAUGUAGUAAUCUCUUCUUGCAAGCUAAAUUAGUGAAUUAAGUGGGUAUUGAAAUAUAUCUGAAAAAUCAUUUGAUGUUCAGUACAGUAAUUAUACCUCAGCUCCUCUUGUCAAAGCUCUAUUGCAACCCAAAACAGUAGUAACGAUUAUAAUUUUUCAUAUUUCUGGUGUUCAUCAAAUAUCAAAGAUUAAUUUUUGCAACAAGAAUUUGAUUAAAUUGACUUCUGAUACUUGAUGAAAAAGAAAGAAAAAUAUCGUAUACUGUUAUUGGGUAUAACUUAUAUUUUUUCCUUCUUUCUGAUCAUGUCUCACUUUGUUUUGGAAAUGUCAUUACAUUUUUACUAUUCUUACUAAGUGUACCGUAUUAUAACGGAGAAUUCCUUAUAAGUUGAAUGUAUUUAGUAUGUUUUAGACAUUCAAAAGUCACUAAUAUUUUUCUAACUGUCUGUAAAUGAUCAUAAGAUAUAUUUUCGUGGUUCUUGUGCGAAUUUCACGUGUACUUUGUAUUAUAAGUUGCUGCCAUAACUCAUGCUCAAAUUAUACCUCAAGAUGAAUUAUUUUGUGUAUCUUACUAGAAUCUUGAGAAAUCUAUUACGUACAAUUUAAAAGCAUAGGACCCC